CCGACGUCACGCGCCUGCCUUGGCUCACUAUUGCAUGAACUAUUUUCUGUAGUAGCAGCACCAGUGAGCUUUUCCAGUGCCCGCCGCUUAACGUGGAGACAAAUACGAGGGAGAGAGGGAAAGAGGGGGGGUGAGGGACAAAUUAAUAUCGGGCCACAGCGGUGGCACAACGCGAGACAGUACAGCGUUGCAGCGAAGAAGAUCUUAUUGAGCUCGUUCUCUUCAAACGGGCGGCGGAGACGGCAUGGAUCUACCUGCCGUCGGGGAGCACGUCUUCGCGGUGGAGGGCAUCGAAAAGAAGCGCCUACGGAAGGGAAGAAUCGAGUAUCUGGUGAAGUGGCGAGGAUGGUCAGCCAAAUAUAACACAUGGGAACCCGAGGAAAACAUUCUUGACCCGCGCCUUCUUGUGGCUUUCCAAAACAGAGAAAGGCAGGAGCAAAUGAUGGGAUAUCGCAAAAGGGGGCCUAAAUCCAAACACCCCCUUGUCCAGCUUCCUGCAUUUGCUCGUAGAUCAAGCAUCCUGGGUGGUCUUGAGGACACAUCAUUGGAUGAGGAGAACCAGCCCAAAGCCGAGCCCCUCCAGAUCCACCGCUCAUGGCCGCAGCACUACCAGCUCAACAGCAAAAAACACCACCAGUACCAGCCCAGCUGCAAGGAGAUCUCCGUCGAACAACAUGUGAGCGGGAAAAAGAAGCACUUCUACCAGCUGAACAGCAAGAAACAUCAUCACUACCAGCCGGACCCCAAGAUGUACGACACGCCACUCACGGGACCCAAAGAGGUCAAGGUUCAAGACCCUUCCAACAAAGGGUGGAACCUCCCUCCAGCCUUGCAACAGAAGUGGAUUCGGAACAAAGACACCGGCUGCCUGAGUAAAGUGAAAGAUCUGUCCAUCGAGCUCAAGAGCCUGCCGGAUAAUGCUAACAAAGCAGAGCGGGCACUCAAGACAAGCGCCAAAGAGUUUGCACUUCCUAACGGCAUCGGCAGCAAGAUGAAAAUAAUCAAGAACAAAAACAAAAACGGACGAAUUGUCAUUGUAAUGAGCAAAUACAUGGACAAAGGUGUGCAUUCAUCUAAAGUAAAAAACAAGGAUGUUUCCCAAGUGGAAGCGCAGCACAAUGAGGAAUCUACACUGAAUAAUACGGACAAUCCGUCUGAUGGUGAAACUUCAGCAGGCCGCGAGAAUGGCUCUGCUGAGAACACCAGCACAUUUUCUUCGUCUAGUGAGUGCAUUCACAAGAACUCCAUCAAAAAGGCUGAACUUCCAAAAGAUACGCCUACAGAGACUGAACAAAUAGUGAUAGAUUUAUGCGACCAACCAAACUCGGAGAAAGCUGCCCCAGCCCACACGGACACCGGACUCAAUCACCGUAAGAGGAACCUCUCAGAACCCAAUGAGGAUGUGAGAACCUGUAAGCAGUUCUUCAGCUCCAGGAGCAUCAGUGCACCAAACACAGUGCUUUCUUCUCCUCAGAGAGAACCUAUAAACCUGCAUUACAGAGGCAGUCUCGCCGACAGAGCCUACAGUUAUGACUUUAGCGACACCAUUCCUGAAGAGCCUAUUGAUUUAAGCUGUGGUCCAACCAAAACUCUUAAGCAGUUUCCCACAGCGGAGAAGGUUUCAGGAAGCUCAGCGCCAGUGGAGAAAACAAACAGCCAUGUUAAGCCAUUUGUGGGUAACGUUAUCAUCACCGAUAUCACUACGAACUGCUUAACCGUGACCUUUAAGGAAUACGUUCAAGGAUAAAGACUACAAUACAUACAUACUGUCAUUUGUUCAUUUGAACCAGCUCAAAGUUGACUGCACUGAUCAUAACCAAUCCUGAUAACAUAUGGAGACGUUUAAGCAAACAAACUCUAUAUAUGGUUUGUUUAUUUGUUUAGAUGCCUGCUGAAUGUUUUCUAAUGCAUACAAUUGAGAUGGUUGACGUUUUGCUGCUGUGGAAAUUGAAUUUAAAACCCCAUAAUUGUAUAGCGUGUAAUAUAGUUUAUAAAGCUUUUGAAUUUUAAUGCUACCUGAGGAAACACAGCGGCCUAUUGGAGAAAGCACACUGGUUGAAUUGAAGAACUCAUUGAAGAUGAAGUUUAAGUUUAAUGCACUUAUACUCACACCUUUCACUGUUCAUCUACAUCAUGGACCACAUGUUGAAUUUUUCUUCCAAUUUUGGGGAUUUCAGAAUUUUAGAUGUACAUAUAAUUGAGAUCUAUAAAUUUGGAGUCGCUUGGAAAGGUGUCGUCAUACAUGUAUAUGAAUAUACCUUUAAAAAGUUUUUUUUUAAUUUCAAGAUUUUGUUUUGCUGAAUUAUUUUACUUGACUGGAUUUCCAGAUGCUGUUGGCCUGUGAGGUCUUCCUGUGCAAUGCUAGAUGAACAACUGGAUUGUUUGGUGUUCCCUCUCUGUAAGAAGUUAAUUUGCACUUUAUCAUCUCCUGGAUCUCUUGUUAAUAAAUUCAGUUUAAAAUAACUCAAUAAAGGCUGUUUAAUCUUGCAGAAUAAUUCUGUAACAGCAGUAUGACUGUGGUCAGAGAUCAUCAGAACAUGCAAACUGUUAUAUAUAUGCCCAGAAAGUAAAUGUAAGAUUGAUGCUUACAGUGUAAUGCUAUAAAUUGGAAUCAAUUUACAGUCAAUGCAAUGUACUAUAGGUACGCAAUGAGAUGUACAGUAUGUAAUGUACAAAUUACACAAUAAUGCCAUUAAGGUUAAGGCCAUUUAUAUGCAUUAUGUUUUAUGCAUAGUAAACUUUGAAU